UCCAAGUGUGCGUCCCCAGGUCAGCCUCAUCCGUGCGCCCGGGCCUGGGCCGGGGUCCCGGGCUGAGCGGCGUUGGCCGAGGUCCCGCCGCCAGCGUCGCCAGCGGUCAGCGCGUGGCACUCCAACCCCCCUCCCCGCGAGUGUCCCACCUUUGCGACCCUGCUGGGCCCUCCGGGAGGGCGGAAGCCCUUUCUCCUCCUGGUGCGCGAGUCACAGGCCCUGGGUGGAAGGAGGGAGUCUGCCCCCGAGGCCCGCACUCUCCGCGGCCCCCAAUUCCGAAUCCUCCACCCAGGCUGGGGGAACGCUGGAAAGGUGGCUCUCAGCAGCCCCCACUCCUCCUGCCCCUGGGGUCAUCGCGGGGCGUGGGUAACUGAGGAUGACUGUCUCCUCGAGUGUCAGGGGGAGGACUUCCAGAGAAGUUUGCUCAGAGCACUCUAGACGCACACCUCCCCCAGACCCAGGCUCCAGGCAUCCCGGACACCAGGGGCAGUGACUGUGCUGACCUCUGACCUCAGUCGGCCAAGCCAGUCUCUGGACCGCCGAGGCAUGGCAGCUCCUUCCCUUCCCUUUAUAAAUUAGUUUGAAACCACCACGGGAGGGAUCCCCUGCCCACACAACCCCCUGAACCCGGAGGGGCUCCCCGCGUGAGGGGGGGCCCCCAGCAGAACAGGCCCACAGAGGCCCGGCCUCGGGCAGCAGGAUGUUUCCUGUGGUCUCUGACGUGGUGCUGGUGGACCUGUAGGUUGGUGAUAGGGUCUUGGGGGUGGAGGUGAUGAGGUCAGCUAGGCGAAGGGUGGCCGAGGAACCCAGCCUGAGGUAUCCUUCUGGUUGCAGGGGCCCCAACUGGAAAGAAGGCCAAGAAGAGGAUCAGGUGGGAGGGCUCAGCUGGCACAGGGGCCAGAACCAGGAGCUGCAGGGUCCUUGGCCACCCCCCCCCCCCCGCCCCCGGAGAGGGUGUGUGUUGCAGCUGGGGAGUGGCCAGGCUUGGCCAUCUUUCCUCCGUGUCCUGGGAGAAGGAUGCAAGGGCACCCGCCCGGUCCCAUCGCAUGGCCUUGGGUCUGGGUGGGGCUGCAGGGGAAGGUGUUCCCAGGUGCCCAGCCAGCACAGCCUGUGAGCCAGCAGCCACACUGGUGUCCUAAUUGGCCCCCCGAGGGGUGCCGCUAGCCUCCCUCCUCGGGGCGCCCCCGCCCCUUCCUGGGGCCGCCGCCAGCCAAGCACCAGGUAGGAGAUGCAUGACUCUCCGCACUCUCUGGGAUCGUGUGUCUGGAGACAGAGGGAGCCCCCCAGAGCCGAGAUGACCGACCCCUUUUGUGUUGGAGGAGGCCGCCGACUCCCAGGGUCCAGCAAGAGUGGACCUGGGAAGGAUGGCGGCCGGAACGAGGUCCGACUUCCCAUGCUUCAUGACCCACCGAAGCUGGGGCUGCCAGCGGUCCGAGGUGGGCAGACAAUGUCCGGCCAGGCCCCGCUCUGCUUUGACCUGGGAAGUCCAGCCGGUGAUAGGACAGAAGGGAAGAAAAAGGGGCGUCCGAAAGCUGAGAACCAGGCCCUCCGAGACAUUCCCCUCUCCCUGAUGAACCAGUGGAAGGAUGAAUUCAAGGCGCACUCGAGGGUGAAGUGUCCAAACUCCGGGUGCUGGCUGGAGUUCCCCAGCAUCUACGGGCUCAAGUACCAUUACCAGCGGUGCCAGGGGGGAGCCAUCUCAGAGAGGCUGACCUUCCCCUGCCCCUUCUGUGAGGCCGCCUUCACCUCCAAGACGCAGCUGGAGAAGCAUCGGAUUUGGAAUCACAUGGACCGGCCCCUGCCUGCCCCCAAGCCCGGGCCAGUCAGCCGGCCCGUCACCGUCAGUCGGCCCGUGGGGGUCAGCAAGCCCAUCGGAGUCAGCAAACCUGUCACUAUCAGCAAGCCCAUCGGCAUUAGCAAGCCGGUGACAGUUAGCCGGCCUGUGCCGGUCACCAAGCCGGUGACGGUCAGCCGGCCCGUGCCGGUCACCAAGCCGGUGACGGUCAGCCGGCCCGUGCCGGUCACUAAGGCUGUGCCAGUUGCUAGGCCUGUGCCGGUCACUAAGCCUAUACCGGUCACGAAGUCUGUGCCAAUCGCCAAGCCAGUGACAGUCGCCAAACCGGUGCCGGUCGCCAAACCAGUGACCAUUAACAAGCCGGUGCCAAUGACAAAACUGGUGCCGGUUACGAAGCCGGUGCCGGUCAGCAGGCCCAUUGUGGUCAGCAAGCCGGUGCCGGUCAGCAGGCCCGUCGCCAUCAGCAGACACGCAGCCCCCUGCAAGAUGGUGCUGCUGACCAAGUCUGAGAACAAGGCUCCUCGGGCCUCAGGGAAGAGCAGCGGGAAGAAAAGGGCUGCGGACAGCCUGGACGCCGGCCCCAUCCCGCCCAAGCAGGCGAGGCCGGAGAGCGGGGAGUACGGCCCAUCCACCACGGGCCAGAGCUCGGCCUUCCAGCUGAGCACAGACCCCAGCAGCGGCUCCCUCUCUCCGGGCAGCUGGCCCUUGGGGGGCAAGGAGGCACCGAGGGCCGCAGACCCCGUGGCCCCGCCCGAGGAGGGUGCGGAGCGCACAAGGCACAGAAGGAAACAGAAAACACCCAAGAAGUUUACGGGUGAGCAGCCGUCCAUCUCAGGGACCUUUGGACUCAAAGGCCUGGCCAAGGCAGAAGACAAAUCGCGCAUCCACCGGGCCAAGAAGCAGGAGGGGCCAGCCCCCGAGGACAUGCGGAAGAAGGUGCCAGCCCCCACCAGUGCUGUCAGCAAGGAGGUGCCGGCCCCCAUGGCCCACCCAGCCCCAGGUGGGGGCUGCCGGGUGGCGGGACACUGGCCAGGUGGCCCUGAGGAGCAGUGGCAACGGGCCAUCCACGAACGGGGGGAGGCCGUUUGCCCCACGUGCAGCGUGGUCACCCGAAAGACCCUGGUGGGGCUCAAGAAGCACAUGGAAGUCUGUCAGAAGCUGCAGGAUGCGCUUAAGUGCCAGCAUUGCCGGAAGCAGUUCAAGUCCAAGGCCGGCCUCAACUACCACACCAUGGCUGAGCACAGUGCCAAGCCCUCUGACGCCGAGGCCUCGGAGGGGAGUGAGCAGGAGGAGCGGGAACGGCUGCGGAAGGUGCUGAAGCAGAUGGGGCGGCUGCGCUGCCCCCAGGAGGGCUGUGGGGCCGCCUUCUCCAGCCUCAUGGGCUACCAGUACCACCAGCGACGCUGCGGGAAGCCGCCCUGCGAGGUGGAGAGCCCUUCCUUCCCCUGCACCCACUGCGGCAAGACCUACCGCUCCAAGGCUGGCCACGACUACCACGUGCGCUCGGAGCACUCGGCCCCGCCUCCUGAAGAGCCCACGGACAAGGCCCCUGAGGCUGUGGACCUGUUGGGUGUCGAGAGGACCCCCAGCGGCCGCAUCCGCCGCACAUCGGCCCAGGUUGCCGUGUUCCACCUGCAGGAGAUCGCGGAGGAUGAGCUGGCUCGAGACUGGACCAAGCGGAGGAUGAAGGAUGACCUGGUGCCCGAGACUGCAAGGCUCAACUACACGCGGCCAGGCCUUCCAGUGCUGAACCCCCAGCUGCUGGAGGCGUGGAAGAACGAGGUCAAGGACAGGGGCCACGUCAACUGCCCCAAUGAUUGCUGUGAAGCCAUCUACUCCAGUGUGUCCGGCCUCAAAGCCCAUCUGGCCAGCUGCAGCAAGGGGGACCACCUGGUGGGGAAGUACUGCUGCCUGCUGUGUCCCAAGGAGUUCAGCUCUGAGAGUGGCGUCAAGUACCACAUCCUCAAGACGCACGCAGAGAACUGGUUCCGUACUUCGGCAGACCCGCCCCCCAGACACAAGGGCCGGGACUCCCCGGUACCCAAGAAGGAGCGGAAGAGUCUGGCCAGCGGCGGGAAGAAGCGGGGCCGAAAGCCCAAGGAUCGGCCCCCCGAGGAGUCGGCCCCCAGGACGUCCCCCCGCCGGGACGACUGGCCUCCGGGAGGCAGAGACAAGGGGGCCCGGAGCUCCACGGGCCGGAAGGUGGGAGCCGGCAAGGCACCCGAGAAGUGAGCGCUUGGAGCCUGGCAGGUGGGUGGGGCCCGUCCCCACGCGGCCCGGCCCCUCCCCCGCCCGGGUGGGGCUCCGGCACCUCCUGCCUCCUGCCCUCCGGGUCUCCACCCCGCCCCUGCCUGAUCGGCUGUCCUGCGGGGCAGCCGGUCCUUUACCUUCCCUGAAGGUGGUCCUACACCACCACCACCACCCCCCCGUCCCCCGCCGCCCCCGGACCCGGGCUGCGGCGGGACACCCUGAGCUGAGGCUCCUGGGCCCGGGAGUCGGGGCAGCUGCGGAAGUGCAAUAGUCCAGAGGGACCUUCCCGGGCCCACCGAGUCUGGGGCCUGGCUGGGCAGGAGGCAGGGUUGCAGCCUGGGCUUCAGUGCUUGGGCCACAUGGAGCCGGCCAAGGGCCUUCUGGCCCUUGGCUGGCGAGCUCCGUGCUCUGUCUGCUUCCUCAGGCCCAAGCUCGGGGGUCCCUGGUGAUCUGUGGUUCUGGGCUGGUGAGGGACCUGAGCAGCCUCACUUCUUGACCCGACACUGGAGCCCCAGCACCCCCAGCUACCUCCCAGGACAGACCCCAAGUCUGAUAGCUGCCGUGCUGACCUGACAGCUCGCCCCACGCCCACCCCAGCCGUCUUCUGGUUCCUGCACUUCUCUCUACCUCUCCAGCCCCCGCCCAUGCCACCCCUGCUACCCCUGCUACCCCUGCUGUGCUUGGGCCCCCAUGCCACCCCUCCCUCCCCACAUCCAUCACAGGGGGCAGCUCUGCUCUGCCACACCCAGUAGUGCUCCCGCUGGGGGCGGGCAGGCGGGGGG